ACCCUUUUCACUAUUUUCUUCGCCAGGCAACUGUGCGAUAGAGAUUGCACUAUUUGUGUUAACCUUCAGCCUGAUUCGUGCCCCCCAAAGCCUAACCUGCCUCUCGGCCCAAUGAACCAAUCACAUUUUCCUUGUACAUUACAAGCUGGUCUUAGAUCGAUUCGACAGAACCUCAUGUACAUUCUGAAAGUGUACGACUGGCGUGGCAUCAUCGCCACUCGGCGGGUUCUCAAUCGGAACAUCUUCUUUCUGACAGCUUCGAGACAGCCUUCUCCACUCGUCUGCGAGGAUGCGCUGCUCCCAGCAGUUGCAAACAUGAUACAGAGCCCAUUUUACGCACUAUUCCGACCCUAA